GAGCAGUAUGCGUCCGAUAUUUAAAGUUCUGCCUCUGCUGGCAUUUUUUGCUGCUCUGUUGCUAACACCCAGUGAUGCUUCCCUUUUGCGCAGAGCCAAGAAUAAGACAAUGUCCGCCAAGUCAUUCAAAGUGUUGAUCACGCACCCGGAGGUGCCCCAAUCGGGCAUUGACCUGCUCAAUGAGAACUGUGAGCUGGUGCGUGUGGAGAGUCUGCCGCCCAAGCGGUCCGAGUUGUUGCAGAAGAUCCGCGGAGUCGAUGGCAUUCUGUGGGGUGGACACGAGGCUCUCAAUGCCGAGGCAUUGGAUGCAGCGGGACCCCAGCUGAAGUCCAUCUCAACCAUGUCCGCUGGCAUCGACUACGUCGAUCUGGAUGAAGUGAAGCGCCGCAAAAUACCGCUGGGUCACACACCCACUGUGCUGGACAACGCUGUGGCCGAUCUGGCUGUGGGUCUACUUAUUGCAGCCGGUCGUCGCUUCCACGAGGGUCGCAAGAAGAUCGAAACGGGUAACUGGGAGAACUAUCAUCUGAACUGGAUGCUGGGCCAGGAUGUGCGCGACUCGGUGGUUGGUUUCUACGGCUUUGGUGGCAUUGGCCAGGCCAUUGCCAAGCGUCUGUCUGGCUUCGAUAUCGAUCAGGUGCUCUACACCACACGGCGUCGCAUCGACAGGGAGACCGAAAAGGAGCUCAAUGCCAAGAAAGUGGAAUUCAAUGAGCUGCUGGCUAAGAGUGAUUUCGUGGUCAUCGCUGCACCACUCACAGCUGCCACACAGGGCGUCUUCAAUGCCACCGCCUUCAACAAGAUGAAGAAUACGGCUGUGCUGAUCAACAUUGCACGUGGCAAGAUUGUUAAUCAAAAUGAUCUGUACGAUGCGCUCAGGUCGAACCGCAUCUUUGCCGCUGGCCUCGAUGUUGUCGAUCCCGAACCACUGCCGCCCAAUAGCAAGUUGCUAACACUCGACAAUAUCAUCAUUCUGCCCCACAUUGGAUCUGCCACCAAUCGCACUCGCUCCGACAUGGCCACCAUAGCCGCUCACAAUGUGCUGCGCGGCUUGGCGGGUGAGCGCAUGCUCUCGCCGGCUUACUAAGCUCUGG